AAACUCAAGUGACGCAAGUUGUUUCUCUUUAUCAAUCAUAUUAUAUAACAUUCGAAAAACAUCCCCUCUUAUUCUCCCUUCACCUAAUUCUAUAUAUACCUCUGUCAAUUUAAGUGUUGCAUUUGUUGAUGUGCAGUGGUUAACUGCGCACGAUGCAGUAGAGUAUGACUAAAUCAUGAUUCGAGGGAUAUUUGGUUGCUAUUUCUAGCACGCUGAGUGUUCCCGGAGAAGCUUUCUAAUUGGGUUCGCCCCUCCUUUUUUACUUGUUUUGCUUUUUCAUCCAUUAAAGAAACUAAAAUGGUCGUACUUCCGGUUUUCUGUACUGUCACUUGUUGUUAUUUAGCUCCAAAUUUAACCGGACCUAGAUUAAAGUUAUUCCAGAAGUCACUAUCCCAUCUUUUUUAUUCACACAUAGUGUAUCUAAGAUUAUAUUAAACCAUGAAUCGUUUAUGAAGACGUUAAGAUGUUAGCUGAGUGAGAUUUGGCUGCUAUUUCUAGCAGAAACAACAGCAAAGCCGCUCUCUUCGUCGAUUCAUUUUGGUGGGUGAGAAAUUAAUAUUAUUGUGAAACAUGGCUUAUUUGCUUCUGAAGGGGGCACCAUUACCAUCAGAAAUAAAUGAUGUUGUUGUGAAGAAUUUGAUUGACCAGUUUAAUGAGGAUAUGACAUGCAAUGAAGAAAAUAUUGUCAAUGAAAUAGCCAUUUUGGACUUCAUUAACAGAAUUUUCAUAGCUGACCAAAGUUCUGAUAUUAAAACGUUGUUUAUGAAACAUGGCAUUCUAUUAAAAAUAGAAUCAGUUUUGGACAAUUUGGAAGAACACAAUGGCCAUCUGUUUCCUCUCCUGUCAAUGGCUUCUCUAAGUGUUCUCUACCAUUUAUCGACUGUGCCAAAAAUCUGUUCUGCAAUUUCUGCUAAUCAAAGUUUUGUUCACCAUCUCUUUUCGGCUCUUAAAAGGAAUGAAUCUGACUAUACCAACAAAUUUGCAGUGAGCUGCUUGUGCAAUUUCACCUGGUUUGAUCCUGAUCUAUGUUUAUUGUUUGAUAAACUUUCGGGAAGUGAAAUUCUUUUAAAAACUGCAAAAGCUUCAUCUCAACUUGUGAAGAUUGAUGUUCUCAAAAUUUUCAGUAAUUUUUGUUUGGAGACUAACUUAAUCAAACACAGUGUAAUAAAUAAUGCCGACAUUUUAAAGUUUAUAAUUGAGAUUUGCAAUGAAUAUUUGGAAAACAAACUCCACUUUGGCAAUAAGGUGGACAGUUUACUAAAAUAUUGUAUGCUCUAUUUGAGCAAUGCUAUUUUCAAAAACAAAAGUAUCAAGAAACACUUCUAUAUACUUGGAGGCACGAAGAUGAUUGCCAGACUUCUUUAUUUGUGCCCAGCUUCUAUGCUUUGUAGACCAUUCAUACAACAUGUGGUGAAGCAUUUGAUAUACUUGAAGAAAACGGACUCUAGUCAAAAUAUACAAAAAGAAAAAGUACAUCAGUAUACCAAAACUUAUCUUCCUGCAUUAAAAACUGUGGAAGAAAAUUUAGCUGAUUUUAGACUAUACGAUGGCUGUGGUGAAGACCCUGAAAUGAAAUGUACAAACUCUCUGAAGAAAUCAAACAGAUAUGAUUUAAGGGAGAAGCCUUUUAAACUACAGGAUGGAUGUUAUCAAUAUGGUGCUGAAGUGCCUUUCAUCGAAGAUACAACUCAUGCAAUUCUACGAGCAAACAAAACAAAUUGGAUGAAUGAAGUAGGUCAAACUGUCUGUGGAAUGUUAAAUUCUCGAAGAAAUUGUACAUUGUAUUUUGGAAUCAGUGAUGCUUAUAAAGUUGUUGGUGUGCAUUUAUCUAGAGAAGAAAAAGACAAAUUUCGCCUACACUGUGAUCAGAUAUUCACUCAGAUGAUAAAACCUUUGAUCAUAUCAAAUAUAACUGUAGACUUCAAACCAGUUCUUAAUGCUAAGAAAAUGUCUUCAGAUUUGCAUAUUAUUGAAAUCUCCACGUUUGCACAGGAAAGUUUCUAUUCUUUUAAAGGCAAGAGUUAUUUUCGGCACAAUGGUGAAACCCAGCUUGUUGGAGCUGAGAUGCUGCGACUAAUGGUUAUUGGUGCUGAGUUAGAGAAAUGGAAACUUGAGGAAAAGAAAUGGAAGGAUGAGCUUGAUAGAUUAACCGCUAUUCAAGCGAGGACAAAUUAUAAAAACCCAAUGUCCCCAGUUUGACUGCUGGAACUAGAAGGACUCUCAUUGUAAGGACUUACAUGCACAAAUUAACAAGAAAAAUGUGACAGAAUUUGUGAUAUUGAGGGCUUGAAUGCAUAACAAGAUAAGACGUGUAAGAUUUAAUAUGUAAGACGAAAGUUGUAACAUGACGGUCAUUAAAUGAAUCCUGUAACAUAAUAAACAAAAGAUGACACUUGUAACAUGGUAAGUGUAACAUAUAACCUGUGUCACAGGUUCCUUACAUAAAAUAUGUAACAGAUUUGCUACAUGGAAUGCUACAUAAGACAUACUGUACAAUAUAUAACCAGUACAACAUAACAGACAUAAUGAGUAAGGCUCUAUAUGUGUGUGUGUAUAUAUAUAUAUAUGGGUAAAGAUAUGGCCAGUCUAUGGGGUUAUCCUGGGUUUCACGUCCAUAAAGUGCUCAGCUUUACAGCAUUUCUUCAGACCCUAAAACCUAUUUGCCUAUGGCCUCUCUAGCAAGUCUUGCUAGAGAGGCCAUAGGCUAACAGUUUUAGGGUCUGAAGAAAUUCUGUAAAGCUGAGCACUUUAUGGACGUGAAACAUAGGCUAACCCCAUAUACAAAGCCAUAUCUAUCUUUAUUUAUAUACUCUGCUGCUCUAUAACUGAGACUGUGCUUCUCUUUUGGAUUUAUGAUUUACUGAAGAUAUUCAUAUAUGUUUCAUACAUAUACAUAUAUAUAUAUAUAUAUAUAUAUAUAUAUUGAACAUAGAAAAUGUAACAUGUUAUGUAACUAUACUUUGCAUAGCAUGUAGCAAGUAAUACAAACAGUGCUAUGUAAAGCUUCUGACAGAAAAUGUGUAACUGACGACUUAACAUAAUAUGGAACAUGUGUAACAUAGGAGGUGUUAUGUAAAGGUUGCAACACAAAUAUAACACGGAAUCUUGAAUACAUAAACAGUAUUUGAAAGUUGCUAUAAACUAUCAUUCAAAAAGAACCUGAAAUUAUCAGGUUUUGUUUCUCAUACAUUUCAAAGUUUUGUUUUGCAUAUCAUAGAUUAAAAUUUUUAAAAACAUAAA